AGCUGGCAAGCGGUGAGGACUCUGCGCACGGCGGCUGCAGGACGUGCGGCGUGCAAGUGGAAUCGGCUUUUCCGGGAGGGAGGCUGGACUUCUGAGCGCGGGCGUGAGGCGGUGAGGACCCCGCCCGGGAAUCCUGCGGCGGUCCGAAGCGGAGUCCAGUUCCGCGCGUCCGCCGCCGCAGGGGGGCGCUGCAGCCCUCGCCGGCCGCCCGCGCGCUCCAGGCGGUCCCCGCGACAGGGCGCGCCGCUGCAAGAUGUCCGUGCGCCGCGGCCAGCGGCCCGCGCGGCCCGCCACCCGCCUCUCCUGGCUGCUGUGCUGCAGCGCCCUGCUGUCCCCGGCCGCGAGCUACGUGAUCGUGAGCUCCGUGUCCUGGGCCGUCACUAACGAGGUGGACGAGGAGCUGGACAGCGCCUCCACCGAGGAGGCGCUGCCCGCGCUGCUGGAGGACUCGGGCAGCAUCUGGCAGCGCAGCUUCCCGGCCUCCGCACACAAGGAGGACGCGCACCUGCCGCCUCCGCCAGGCGCCGCCCGCGCCAGGCCGCCCCCAGCGCCGCCUGGGAUGUUCUCCUACCGUCGCGAGAGCGGCCCGAGGCUGCGCCCAGGCAUCGCCCGCUUCCUGGCCCACGCCAGCGCCUGGGGCUGUCUGGCCACCGUGUCCGCCCACGAGAAGAUCCCAGGACUGCCGUUUGGGAACUGCCUGCCCAUCAGCGACGGCCCCUUGAACAACAGCACUGGGACUCCUUUCUUCUAUGUGACACCCAAGGACCCUGCAGUGGCCGAUCUGAUGAAGAACCCCAUGGCUUCCCUCCUGCUGCCAGAAUCGGAAGGAGAGUUCUGCAGAAAAAACAUCGUUGACCCAGAAGACCCCCGAUGCGCCCGCCUGACGCUCACUGGCCAGAUGAUCGCCGUAUCUCCAGAAGAAGUGGAAUUUGCCAAGCAAGCCAUGUUUUCAAGACACCCCGUGAUGAGGAAGUGGCCUCGUCAGUAUGAAUGGUUCUUUAUGAAGAUGAAGGUAGAACAUAUCUGGCUGCAGAAAUGGUAUGGAGGAGUAGCCGACAUUUCCAAGGAGGAAUACUUCAAAGCAGCGCCAAGAAAGGCCUGAUGCGAACGAGAGAGGGUGACCGGGGAACCCCGUGCCAGGCUGGAGAUUGGAGUGGUCAUUUGCAAACCCCCAGCUCACGCAGGUACACGUAUAUAUAACCUCUGUAUCUUAUUCCAACCAGUCUCACCGACUAGGGAAUCAUCGUUGGUUGUCAAAGUGACACGUGGAGACAGUUGCCGUUCUGUCCCUUAGGACCAAAAAAAAAAAAAAAGUGUGUGCCAUGUGAUUGCAUUGUAUUGUGAGAGUAUUUUUGUUGCUUGCUCCGCCCAAAGCAGUCUUGAUUUGAAGCUCACAGGGAGCACGAAGGAGCUAAACCUGCAUCACACGGCCUCGGUCUUGCGUUUGGAGUGAGCACGCAGGACGGGUUGUCUCUGGAGUCCUCAUCGUGCUACUUACCAGACUGCAGAUGGAUUAUCAAAUCCCAUUUGCUAGAAUGUCCUGGUCACUGAGGAAGCCUUGGUCCCACUGUAGCCUGACAAACUUCGUGAGAACACAGAGCCCUGGGU